GUCAGGUGUAUUCUAGAGGGUAAUUAAAGCUUAAUGCUAGCACUAGGCCUUCAGCCACGGUGACUGUAUGGGGUUUGGGAGUUGUUUGGCCAAUUCUGGCUGUGGGCUUUUUGUUGUGGCUUUAAACGCCCCAUUUCAGCAUGUGAGCGAAGGAAACAAAAAGGCAGAAUGUGGGUGCCUCUGUCGUUCUGCACUCCUGCAGUUAUUACUGGUCUGUGUAUUUAUGUUCUGUUCGCUUUUGUAAUACCUGUUUCAUUUCAACACUGACGAGUAGUUUCAUUUUCUUUGGUCCCGAUAUGAGGACCGUCUUAACCUUUUCUUGCUUCUGCCUGACAGGACUGCAUCAAACUCACAGCAUCAUGCUGCUGUCUUACCUGGGAGCCCUUUGACAGCUUUCUGUUCUCUCACGAUCAACAGCGUUUCUGUUUCUCUGGCCAGUAUGUUGCGUUUCUACCCAAAAGGAAGCCUGACAAAUAGGAAAAAUACUACAAAGUGAAGAGAAAAAUCAUUUCACAAGAACUGAGCUCUGCUUUCAUUGCUAAAUUUUAUUUGUAUUACUAGCUGAUUAGCGUCAAAUAAUCCCUGUAGUCUGCUGUGGUAAAAUUAUUAGGUUAAAGCUGGAAAAAAUGAAACAAUUAAAAAGAAAAAGAAAAAGUAAUUUUAGUGUUCAGGAAACUCAAACUCUCCUUAAGGAAAUCAGAAAAAGGAGAGAAGUACUCUUUUCAAAACAACUUAAUACAACAAUUAAUGAGAUGAAACGGAAGGCUUGGGAGGAAAUAGCAGAGUGUGUAAACGCUGUAGGUGAAGGAGAACAGAGAACGGGGACAGAAGUGAAAAGGAGGUAUCUUGACUGGAGAGCACUCAUGAAGAGAAAGCGCCUGAAUGCAAACAUCAAGAUGGUAGGUGCUGGGUUUCAUCUUCCUUCAUCUGAUCUAGAUGACUCUCUCAAUGAAGAUAUGGAUGACAAAAUGGGAUUUGCAAACGAAUCUAGUUUUGAAUGGCAGAAUAUCACCGACUUCAGAGAAGCAGGUGGAUCUUUAACAGAAAUCAAAGUAGAAGAAGAAGAGGAAGACCCACAAAAUUUUGAGUUUCCUAUUGAGGAAGAAGAAGAAAUUUUGUCAUCAGUUUUGCCUGAUUCGAAAAAAGAAAAUGACCUACCAGAUUUCAGCCACAUUGAAGAGUUUGGAAAUCUGAGCUCUGCUCAAGCUAGGUUAGCCUAUGAAGAUUCUCACUUGCUUAUAAAUCUGGAGAAGCAGAAGGUGGAGCUGGAGAAGCAGCGACUAGACAUAGAAGCUGAAAGAUUGCAAGUGGAGAAGGAGCGCCUGCAAAUUGAAAAAGAACGUUUGCGGCAUGUUGACUUGGAGCAUGAGAGACUUCAGCUUGAGAAGGAGCGACUUCAGAUCGAGCGGGAGAAACUGAGGUUAGAGACUCUGCAUGCUGAAAAACCUGCCCUGGAAAAUGACCUGACCCAAACAGAAAAGCCUGUUGUGCAGCCUCUGGAUCUAGAAACUGAAAAGUUAAAACUUGAGAAAGAACGUUUGCAGUUAGAGAAAGAGAGGCUGCAGUUCUUAAAAUUUGAGUCAGAGAAGCUGCAGAUUGAGAAGGAACGCUUGCAAGUGGAAAAAGAACGUCUGCGAAUUCAGAGAGAGGGUCACCUGCAGUGAACUUCUCAACUGAGGAGUCAGUACUAGCAAUUUGAUGUUUGUAAAAUAAAGGUAGUUCUUUUCCUAAUAUUGAAACUGUCCUAGAGGUUUAAUGUUAUAAUGUUAUUCAGUUCAGAGUUGAAUGUUGAUGUUAAACUUAAAAAAGAAAAAAAAAAAAAAAAAAGAUGGGGGGGAAAAAAAGAAUGGUGCUCAAUAAGUCAGUGUGCCUACAUAAAUAAGCUUAUGUGUGAAGUUGCAUUUCCGUGUAUGAAAACUAAAUGUUAUGUUCUCUUGUCUUCAGUAUUGUGUUGUAUUAGUUUGGUGUCCUUGUUUCGCAGACACAAUUGAGAAGAUUAACUGUUGUACUUUUUUUUUCUUUUAAUGCAGUAACAGUAAGGGAGCAUCAGAAUAAAUCAGCAUAUGUUCUGAAGGCAUGGUGCUGAAGAUAGCCCACACAGUAAAUAGGUAUAAGUAGGCAGAACGUAACACAGAGUCAUGUGACUGAUUCAUUAAAUUUGAUUUCCUCUUUUUGUUUUUCUCUAUUCCCACAGCUGAAAGAGGAGUUCAGCAAUUGUCUAAAAGUUAAAGAAGUAUAGGCUAAAUCCACUACAGUGGUGUUCACUGUUGUUUCAUGACCUGAACUGAAUGGGAGUGUGGAAAAUAGUAUUAUUCCUUUUUACAUAAAGUAUUCAUAUCAGAUACAGUUACACAUAACCAUAGUUACUGUAAGCUGGACUGUGGGCCUGUCAAGUUGUUAAUAAUGCUGCAUGGAGCAUCCUACACCUGGAUUAGCAGCACAGGGGCUUAGUAGCAGGAUGUAACUGUUGUCUGGUCAGUCCCCUAAAGUAAAGCAACUAGACCUGGCUUGUUCCUUCAAAGAGAUUAACUGACAUUGGGAAGCCUGUGAGUGGAGGCUGAACACAGGUUAAGGACUGCUGAGCUUGAACACUAAAACUUUUGAUACCUCAGUGCUGCCCAGGCAGAACUGGUCAUGUCUGUGAAACAGCUUGAAGAGCCUUCUAUGGCUGAUGCCAUUUAGCAUGUUUUAGUUAGGCAAACAGAAAUGGUCAGUACUGAUGGCUGUCACUAUUUUUCCAUGUACAAGGUAUUAAUUUAAAAGAAAAAAACAGGAUUUCUGUUAUUUCAUAUAUGUAUUUGUAAAUCACAGCUGAGCCAGACUUCAGAUCACUCAUCUUUCUGUGAGCAACUAUCUUUUUUGACUCCAUUUGACACUUAGGAGUAUGGGAAUACUAAAUCUGAAUAUACAUGGAGUGACUUACGUGGAUUCGUGUGCAAGUAAAUAUAUUUAUACCACUACAGGAUUACUUUUAUUCUGCAAAGAAAAUGUUAUUUUUUUAUUACUGAAACAAGUGUGCUUCUACAGUGAAAAUAAAUUUGACUACUACAACCCAAAA